UAGUCUGCAAGUUUCUGUGCAUGUUUCUUUCUGAACAGUAACUGAAGAUGUUACACAUACAGUAAAUAGUCAUUUUCCUACAAAGAGAAGCAUAGGAAGCCUUAGAAAGGCUGCAAGAGACAGAAGAAUGUGGCUCAAAAGCCAGAUCCUGCUCUUAUGUUGCAUUGCAAGUGAAGUUUGGAUGGUAAAGCACCUUGACUCUAGAAGGAAUUUCUCACGAGGACUUUACUCAGCUGAAGACCACCAGUCUGUAAAGUGGAGCAGACUGAAAAGGAGCUUGUACCAAGGCAAGUACUGCAAGACACGAGGCUGUUGUGCAGGAAGAGAUGAUGGCUGCAGCUUUAACAUCGCUUCCAGAGCAGCUGUCUGCUACUGCGAUCAGUUCUGUACCACAGGUCCUCCUGGCCCUGUAGACUGCUGUGCUGAUUACUGGGAUGUCUGUGACAACUCUGUUGAGCCCACCAAAUCAGAUGAGCUUUGGCCACCUCCAACAGCAGGUUGUUAUAAAGAUGGCCGAUAUUAUGGAGAAGGAGCAACAAUUAAAGACAACUGCAAUUCCUGCAAAUGCUUCCAAAGUCUGUGGAAGUGUUCAAACAAUGUAUGUCUUGUUCGCCCAGACCUAAUUCACCACAUCAAUACUGGAGAUUAUGGAUGGAAAGCUGAGAACUACAGCCAGUUCUGGGGGAUGACACUGGAAGAAGGUUUCAAAAAACGCCUGGGAACACUCCCUCCAUCUCAUUCUUUGCUGAAUAUGAAAGAAACUCCAAGAAACUCACUACCAGAAGAAAAAUUUCCUGCGUUUUUUGCAGCAACUUAUGCAUGGCCUGAGUGGAUUCAUGAUCCUUUGGAUCAGCGAAACUGUGGAGCAUCCUGGGCUUUUUCAACUGCAAGUGUUGCAGCAGAUAGAAUAGCAAUUCAUUCUGAAGGUCUGAUCACAGACAACCUUUCCGUUCAGAAUUUGAUCUCUUGUGAUACCAGGAAUCAAAAUGGAUGUAAUGGUGGAAGCAUUGAUGGUGCUUGGAGAUAUCUGAAAACCCAUGGGAUUGUGUCUUAUUCUUGUUACCCAUCAUUUUGGAAUCAACACUUGCAGCCACCAGGUGAAAAUCACUGCUAUGUGUCAAGUGAACUUGGAAAAAACUAUACAACAGGGCUGUGUCCCAAUGCUUUAGAGCAAUCCAAUCGGUUAUAUCGAUGCGCCUCCCACUACAGGGUCUCAUCACAAGAAACCGAUAUAAUGAAAGAAAUCAUGGACAAAGGACCAGUGCAAGCUAUAAUGAAAGUGUAUGAAGAUUUUUUCCUUUACAAGAAGGGAAUCUAUAAACACUCUUACAAUGCAGGAUCUCAAUGGAAAAUUCAUUCAGUCAAACUCCUUGGGCCAUGCAUUGUCGUGUGUUCAGGGUGAUGGAGUCUUACAAAAUGCAGAUAUAUUUUAGAGGAACUUUCCAAAGCUGUUUGUACUGGAAGACAAAUACACGUAUGAACUUUCAAAUUGAUCACUGAAUCAUAAGGAUUGUAAAUCCAAGGACUGAAUUCCAUUGUUCUGCAAGCUGAAACUACUAGGUAUUUUCUAGCACCUGAAGGCUGUUUAUUUAUAAAACCACCUUUGAUUGGACUAUAAAUCUGUCUCCAAGGAGAUACUGUGUGGCAUCAGGCUCAAGGAGAGAAUGGGAAAAGACAGAGAACUGCCUGGAAACAUGAGAAGAAUAUGGGCAAAUGAGGUUGGUGGGGGUUAUAGAUUGUUUGGAUGUGAUCGCAGUCUCCGUGGACAGUGAAACAGCAGCUUCUAGAAGCUGAAGGCAGGGUGGAUUGACCCCACUGACAUUUAGAAAGAACAGGGUCUCUCAAGUCCUUCCUGUGUCUUGUAUUCAGAGAAGGGGAAGCAGGCAUAAAAAAAUGAGGUACAGAGACUGGGAUUCAUAACAACCAAGUCUUGAUGUCUAAACGUUAGAUGUAUAUGUCUCUGCUUGGCAGCCAUGCUUCCCUUCAUAAUCCAUAGAUAUUCAUCUGCUCUAUCCUAGGUAUCUAUCUUAAUGUACAUUAAAUUGCUUUGCCAGCCCUUAUUUCUCUCUCUCUUGAAUAUGAAAGAACCCAUGGAUAAUAUCAAGCUGCAGUAGGUAACAUUAAGAUGUCUAGAUUAGAGUAGGUGAAUCCCACUUGUAAAGGCAUUAUAAAAUACCUUAAACAACAAACUGAUUGUCCUACUAGAGUGUAAUUAUAGUAAGGUAGUAUCUUAAGGAUGUCUUGCAUAUGUAUAUUUGUGUAUAUGCGCGCGCACACACACACACACAUUUAUGUGUAUACAUACAUAAAAUUACCACUGAUAAUUACACUAGAAUGAAAACAAGCUAAGGAGGCUCAAUGAACUGCAAAUACUGAAUGGGACUGAGGACUCUGUUAUUAUAAGAGGACUAAUGACUGAAAAAAUAACAUGUUAAACUGUACUUUUAAUCUUAAUUUCUCUAAUAAUAAAAGCAGACUGAAUUCACAUCACAAAGGAUUUUUGUAGCAGAUUUACCUUCCAGGUCUACGCAGUUAAGCCAGAGUUGCUGAACAAAUGUGUGAAGUCUAUUUUACGGCAGGUUCUCUGUGAGAUUGGUGCUUGUCUUUUUAAUCCUCCUCCUUCCCCUUCUAGUCCUCUGGCUUUCUUAGUGCUAUCUAGGAAAAGAAGACAGGAGACAAAUGUAGUGUUCAAAGGUAAAGAAAACAAUGAAGCAGAUUUGUAGAUGGUGUAAAUGUGUCUAAGUCCAUUAAAUUUAGAGGAAGUGUAUUGGCUUGAGUAGCUAGAGUUCUAGUUCAAAUAUAUCUCUUUCUAAAGUUGGAUAUAGUAAGGUAAAAAAUCCAGCACUAAUUUUUGCAGCCUGCUUGGACAGAUUUUCCCUUACCCUGAUUCCUCCAUUCUGUUCAGCAUUGGUGCCAAGGUACAAUAUCUGAUCCAUAGUUCCACCCAAAGAGCUGUUUCUGCUGUACCCUUGACACUGAAAAUUUCAGAAAGCCCUCAAAAGCUCAAAUCUUGGUCUACAACCAAAUCUAUAGACCAUAGCCUUAAGGCAUAGGGGGCACAAGAAUAAUUUUAUUAAAAGCAUUAGAUAGUGUUCCACAAAAAAAGAUUAUUUCUGAGAGAUUUAGAAGGUGCUCCUAAUGAUAAAGGACUUUCAUAAGAGAAGGUUGAGAAAUGUACAUUCAUCAGGAACACAUCUCCCUUUUAUUUUUAUGAAUGAUUCACUGGAAGCUUUAAAUUCAAUAAUGCAGCAGAUUAAAUGGCAUUGAAACAACUAUGCCCUGAAAAGGCAUAGGUUGAAUUCAUUACUUCUUAACACAAAAAGCCACACUAAUGGAGAUAAAAUUGAUAUGUGAAGCAAAAACCUGUGUUUUGUUGUUGAGGGGAUGGCCAGAGAGAGCAGCAGCAAUUUAAGACUUAAUACACAAUUAAAUGACUCACCUGGGCAAAAUCCAAAGGCUUAGAAAAAGUUCUUAUUGGUAACUACUAUUAAUGAUCUUCCAAUUUAUGCCUUUGAAGACACUCGUCUUUGCUCCAACUCAGACUCAGAACAACAACAAAUAAACACCAUCUUAAACAACAGAAGUGGUUUUCUUCCCGGCUAAAGAAACCUUGAAAUGAAUUCCCUGUUUCCUUUGAUGAGGGAAGAAAGUCUACAUUAUCAUCAGACAAUCAGCGUCAAAUAAUCUACAUAUUUAUUACAAAAAUAUUACAAAAUUAAACAGCACCACUCAUAAACUAUUUUACAGAACAGAGAAAUACAUUGCAAGAUCAUGAGGAAAAGAUCCCCCGGUGUGAGGCGUUUGGUGUUUCAUGCAGUUAAAUUCAGGAGACUCUCUCCCAUGUAAUCUGGUAUGGUAGACCUGUGGGCAUGAUGUAACUGCAGAGUUACUAAAAAUUUCAUUCAUCUUUUGUAUGCUAAAAAAUUCAGGUGAAAUCACAGUAUCAAAUUCCUGGAAUCAUUUUCUAGGAAGGUGUGCCUGGCAGGGAAUGCUAGUCAGUGGCUCUAACCUUUCCUUUUAUGAACAAAAGAUUAAGAACCAAACUUUUGUCUAAUUUAGUAGGUGAAAAUCCUAGUCCUUAGGAAAGUACUGUGUAUUUGUGCUAUAGUACCAAGAAUACAAUUUAAACUGCAGUAGUUAUGCCUUUUUUGUCUGGUAGCAUUAUAACAGUUAAAUGGUAAAGUCCAAGGAAGAAAGGGAGAUGACAAGUCUUACACUAUGUGUAUUACUGGCUCCAGCUCCUUUUAUCUGGAGAAGGAGAUACUGUGAGCCUCUUACAAAAGCAAGAGCUGGAUAUCAAAAUAAUCCAGGUCAAGAUGGGAGGGACUCAUUAAUCUUUUUAUUUUGUUUCUGUGUAUAUAUAGUCUAUGAGAAGACGGUUGUCUUGCCCAAAAGAUUUUAUUGUUUUUUUGGUCACAGUGGUGACAGUAAAAUAACAAUGACUACAUAUAAAAUAUAGUAUUAGACAAAUAAACCUAGUUUGUUAGCACCAGUUGAGGUGAGCACUUAGGCAGGAUGAACCAUCUUCAGAGGGUAUCCCUCUCUCUUGAUUAUAGAAGUGGCUCUUUUCCUAAUUCAAAUGUUUCAGUUCCCUAAUAUUAAAUGGGAUUAAUCUGAACUUCACCAAGUCUUGUUUGAUCACUAGCAUUUUUUUUCAGGUACUGAAAGGGAAUCUCUGUAUUCAAGGCUAUUUUGAUUGAAGAUUAUGAAGGGUUCUUAUUAGAGAGCUAAGUAGUAUAUUUAUUGCAGAAUAUUUUGGUGCAUAGAAGAAAAAUCCAUUUUUAAAGUAAUUUUCUGUCACUGAUGGGCAGAUCUUCUCCUUAAUGAUUCCUUAAAAUCUCAAAAUCUCUUAUUUUCUUCUUAAUACAAAUGGAAAUUUUAGAGGGUGUAAAAUUGAAAGCUUUUCCUUACGACUGAAAGUUUUUCAUAAGAAUAUUGAAGGUGGCAAUAUCAGUGGUCCAGAGCUGUGUAAAAAUAUCUGUAACAGGUUCCCUAUCUCAGUGAAUAAUGAGGUCCAGCAUCUGUUUGCUUUUGAAAUGUCAUUCCUUGGAAGUAAAUAUCACGCUGGAAUAAUUAUAAAAGAAAGAAACAAAAGAGUGCUAUUAGAUUAUUUUGAUCAUCUUCCAGAAAAUGAGAUAUUGUUCUCCAAUAGAUGGUGUCCAAAAAUCUGUCAACUCACUUUUAAAAGUCUGUCAUUUCCACUGAGGGACUAUUCCACUGGGAGUUAAAUUGCUUCACUGUUGGGAUACUUUUUCCUGAUAAUUUCUUUCCUUGACUUCUUCCCAUUAUUCUACAAAUAGACACUUAAUACAUGACACUUAAUUCUCUCUUUCUUCUUGGUCUUUAAGCCCUGCACACAUCUAGGUAGUUAGUUAGCAUCUAUAUAUUUUGAUUUAUUCUUUUAUCAUUUCCUCCCAUGAAUGUAUGUUAUUGUUGCUCUGUUUAUUCCUGGCAAUGACUUCACAGAUUUAGUGUGGCACUCCAGUCACACACUGUAUGGUCCAAACCUCUAUGGUCUUGCCUAUUUAUAAUCCCAGUUUUUGAGAUUUUCUUUCUAAUGCUGUUAACAUGCUCAAAACAGAUGCAUCUAAUUUCCUGCUACUACGUCUAUUAGCGGUUUCCCUCUGUUUUCCAAUAUCUUGGCUUCCCUGGAGAUACUGGAAAUCUCAGAUUAACUUCAGCAAAGUGAGGAUGUCAUUAGUUAGGAAUAUGAAGUUUGCAUAGAUUUACUUUAGGAAAAAUUGGUGAAGACUGUAUUAGCACAACUACAGGAUCUCAGGAGUAAGAACUGCCACAAAAAGUAAAAGAAAUGGAGAAGGAUAUAUAACAUGGACUAUAUUAGAGAAAUUAUAUCAACUAACAACUGUGAAGGCGUCAUAGUUUUUUUUAUAGAGUAGCGUCACUCAUUUAUUAAUUCCUACUGAUUUUAACUUAUAGUCACAGUAUCAAUACCUCUCAGAUUUAUUAAUGGAUUGCUAGUUCUUUUCUUUCUUGAAAGAUUACUUCCCGAAAGUAGAUAAUGGCAACAACAUUUACUCUUUCACUAAACCAUUUUUCACAUGCAAAGCCCCAUACAAAGGAGUUUGGUUCCAUGACUAAGACUCAAGGCACCGCUGUUAAAAAUGAACCGUAAACUAAAGCAACAUUCUCCCUUCUCCCUCCUGCUGUCAAUCCCGCAACCACCUCUUGGUCUACCCUGUGAGGAAACAUGAAAUGCAACCCAAAUUAGUUUAACAACCUUUUUAGCACAAAUCAUUCCUGAUAAAAUUUUGUUCAAACUAGAUUGUACCAUGUAUGAUUUUGUGCUAUAUUGUGAAAAAUGAUAUAUAGCAUUCUCAUGUUCUUAUGAUCAUUCUCUCCCCCUUCCUCUCUUUAAAUUCUUUGAUUUUAUCCCUGAUGAUAGAAGAUAUACAGCAUCAAA